AUGUCCUCAAGUCGUGAAGAUUCAGUUUAUUUAGCUAAGUUAGCUGAACAAGCAGAACGUUAUGAAGAAAUGGUUGAAAAUAUGAAGGAAGUUGCUUCUGCAGGCCAAGAAUUAUCUGUUGAAGAACGUAAUUUAUUAUCUGUUGCUUAUAAGAAUGUAAUUGGUGCAAGACGUGCAUCUUGGAGAAUUGUUUCUUCAAUUGAACAAAAAGAAGAAUCAAAAGAAAAAUCUGAACAUCAAGUUAAUUUAAUUAGAACUUAUCGUUCAAAGAUCGAAGAUGAAUUAACUACUAUUUCUGACGAUAUAUUGGCUGUUCUUGAUAAGCAUUUAAUUCCUUCUGCUACUACUGGUGAAUCAAAAGUCUUUUAUUAUAAGAUGAAGGGUGAUUACCAUCGUUAUUUAGCAGAAUUUUCAACUGCUGAUAAAAGAGAAGAAGCUACUAAUGCUUCUUUAGAAGCUUAUAAAACUGCUUCAGAAAUUGCUACAACUGAAUUACCACCAACUCAUCCAAUUCGUUUAGGUUUAGCUUUGAAUUUUUCUGUCUUUUAUUAUGAAAUUCAAAAUUCUCCUGAUAAAGCUUGUCAUCUAGCUAAACAAGCAUUUGAUGAUGCUAUUGCUGAAUUAGAUACUUUAUCUGAAGAAUCUUAUAAAGACAGUACGCUGAUUAUGCAAUUAUUAAGAGAUAAUUUAACUUUAUGGACUUCUGAUAUGUCAGAAAAUGCACAUGAAGAACAACAAAAUGUUGCUCCUGAUGCUACCGCUGCUGAUAGUAAUGACGCUGACGCUCCAAAAUAA